AGAAUUUAUAAAGUCGGCGAGCCGGUCCGGUUCGGUCACGAGGACCGGACGCCGAACCGGACCUCGAACAAUUUUACUUCAUAACCGCGGCAGCCUCUCGCGAUGUCACCACGAUACGAAACCAUGGCGGCAGCGACGGAGUCCGAAAGCAGCUCGGAGAGCGUGGUGGCGCGGCCGGAGGCGGCGGCGGCCGGGGACGUAGGUGCGGGGGAGGUGACUCGAUGGGUGGAGUACGCUGUUCGGCAGGCGUUAGAUGUCAAGAAAACCCUCGGCGACGCCACCGAUGCCACCCUCCGGGCCGCCAAGUCCAGGCUCGUCCACGCCGUCUCCGCCUCCAAAUCAAGUCUCCAGGAAGCCAGAGGCAUGAUGGAAUGGGUUCAGGGCCAGUACGCUGUUGGCGAAGAGUUGGUCUUUGGGAAGAUUAAAGAGGGCGUUAUUGUUGCAUCAUCACAUCCGAACCUCUCUCUUGGAAUUGCUGGAACAGCAGGGCUGGUCCUGUUUAAAAGACCAAGGCGCUUUCUGAUCUGGAAUGUGAGGCGUAUUUUCGUAAGUAAUGAGUCUUUGCUUUCUGAUGCUCAAGCCAAUGUAAAUGAGUUGCGGCAAUCAGUCAAUCUCGUGAAGAAUGAAAGCAAAAAAUUAGAGGAAAGGGCUUUAAAAGCAGAACAGGAAAUGAGAGAAGGAAGGAUGAAGCUUAUAGAAGAAGGUCGUGGAAUUCGAAAUGAAUUACGUUAUGUCAACAAGAUUGAGAGAAAAGCAUCAGAUCUAAAAGAUGUCAUUAAUGAACUUCCCAUAGGAGAAGCAUCUCGGUACCGAUCAGAGGUUUCUGCCCUUGCCUCUCAGGUCAAGAAAGAGAAAAAAGCUCUCAAUGGUGCCCUGUCAAAGAUUAUCAAUUAUGGAAUACCAAUGUGAUGGUCCACUGAUGGAUUUCUUAAGGUCAUUUUUCACAUAAAGAGGUUUUGACUUUUGAUAUAUAGUGCUGCGGCUUAUACUGCUGGAGCAAACGGAUGAAGAAAUGUUUCCCUGCCACCAGGGAAAUAGUAAAAAAUCUCAUUUUCUUGUAGCUUCUCUGCUCAUAAUCUUGCAGAGCCCAUAAGUACCCAAUUUCUACUUGCUACGGCUGUGGUGACAGUAUCUAUUUGAUGAGUUAUUUUUACUUUUCUUUUGCUUCCAGCAUAAUAAAUGAUUUCAUCAACCUGUCUUCGACGUUUCCAAGGACCUGGAAACUGGCAGCCUCUUUUAUUGGCAUGUCCGUUACAUCCAGGACGCAAUAUAUCCAUAUAUUUAAUUUGAUAAAACAGCAUGACAAGCUGAUUUCAGUCCAA